CCUGGCCCUUGGACACUUGCCCUGCUUCUCCUGGAUAACCUGCCCCCUACUCCUCACCCCCGCGCGCCCCGCCUCGGCCUCAGUUUCCUUCCCGUCCUGACUCCUUCCUCUACCGGUGGCCCUUCUUCGAAGGCGGAUGUGAGUAGGGAAGACAAAAGUCACUGUGACCCAAAAGACCUGGAUCUACAGCUAUGCAUUGCCCCUCGCGAUCUGCCGGCUGGCCCCGCGGGACCCAGGAGCGCUGGUAUCCUAGAACCAUGGAUAGUCUCAGUAGGAACCAGCUAGGCCCAGGAUGCAAGACCCAGGAUGUGGUGCAGAAAGGUCCGUUGGAUCUGAUUGAGACGGGUAAAGGCUUGAAAGUGCAGACAGACAAACCUCAUCUGGUGAGCCUGGGCAGCGGGAGACUCAGCACAGCCAUCACCCUCCUGCCACUGGAGGAGGGGAGGACUGUCAUUGGUUCUGCAGCCAGAGACAUCUCACUCCAGGGUCCAGGCCUGGCUCCAGAACACUGCUACAUCGAGAAUCUGAGGGGCACUCUCACCCUGUACCCUUGUGGCAAUGCCUGCACUAUUGACGGGCUCCCUGUUCGGCAGCCGACCCGGCUCACUCAGGGCUGCAUGUUAUGUCUGGGUCAGUCCACCUUCCUGCGCUUUAACCACCCAGCUGAAGCCAAGUGGAUGAAGAGUAUGAUUCCAGCAGGGGGUCGGGCCCCAGCGCCCUCCUACAACCCUGGCCCUGCUGAAUCAGAGAGCCUGGUCAAUGGGAACCACACAGCAGCACAGCCUGCGACCCGGGGACCUUCAGCCUGUGCCAGCCACAGUUCCCUGGUGAGCUCUAUUGAGAAGGACCUGCAGGAAAUCAUGGACUCGUUGGUGCUAGAGGAGCCUGGAGCAGCUGGCAAGAAGCCUGCAGCCACAUCGCCACUGUCACCAAUGGCUAAUGGUGGGCGCUACCUGUUGUCCCCUGCAACCAGCCCCGGUGCCAUGUCUAUGGGCUCCAGCUACGAGAACACCUCUCCAGCUUUCUCUCCACUUUCCUCCCCAGCCAGCAGUGGUAGCUGUGCCAGCCACUCACCCAGUGGGCAGGAGCCAGGACUUUCUGUGCCCCCACUGGUGCCUGCACGUUCCUCCAGCUACCAUUUGGCUCUGCAACCCCCACAGUCUCGGCCAAGUGGUACCCACUCCUCUGAAAGUCCCCGGCUGGGCAGAAAAGGGGGUCAUGAGAGACCUCCCAGCCCUGGUCUCCGGGGUCUUCUGACAGACAGUCCUGCAGCCACAGUCUUGGCUGAGGCCCGCAGAACCACUGAGAGCCCCCGGCUAGGUGGGCAGUUGCCUGUGGUGGCCAUCAGCCUGAGUGAAUAUCCAUCUUCCGGUGCCCGCAGCCAACCCACCAGUAUUCCUGGCAGCCCCAAGUUCCAGCCUCCAGUCCCUGCUCCCCGCAACAAGAUCGGCACACUCCAGGACCGCCCUCCCAGUCCCUUCCGUGAGCCCCCAAGCACAGAGCGGGUGCUAACAACCAGCCCCUCCCGACAGCUGGUGGGCCGAACAUUUUCAGAUGGGUCAGCAACUCGUACACUCCAGCCUCCGGAGAGUCCCCGCCUGGGCCGGCGGGGCCUGGACAGUAUGCGAGAAUUACCACCGUUGAGUCCAUCUCUGUCUCGAAGGGCUCUGUCCCCACUGCCAGCCCGGACUACCCUAGACCCCAAGCUAAGCAGGGAAGUGGCAGAGAGUCCCCGACCCCGGCGCUGGGCAGCCCACGGGACUUCGACAGAAGACUUUUCCCUGACUCUAGGAGCACGGGGCCGCAGGACUCGGAGUCCCUCGCCCACACUCGGGGAGUCCCUGGCACCUCGUAAGGGCAGCUUCAGUGGCAGGCUGAGCCCAGCCUACAGUCUGGGCUCUCUUACUGGGCCUUCACCUCGUCAGAGCCCCCGUGCUCAGAGGAAGCUCUCCAGUGGAGACUUGCGGGUACCCAUCCCAAGGGAGAGGAAAAAUAGCAUCACAGAGAUCAGUGAUAAUGAGGACGAUCUCCUGGAGUACCACCGACGGCAGCGCCAGGAGCGGCUCCGUGAGCAGGAGAUGGAGAGGCUGGAACGCCAGCGCCUAGAGACCAUCCUGAACCUGUGUGCCGAGUACAGCCGAGCCGACGGGGGACCUGAGGCUGGGGAACUGCCCAGUAUUGGAGAGGCCACCGCAGCACUGGCAUUGGCAGGCAGGAGACCCUCGAGAGGCUUGGCAGGAGCCAUAGUGGUUCCUGGGAGGAGCGGUGACGAGUCUGGAGGUGUCUCCCAGCGCCUGUGGGAGAGCAUGGAGCGCUCAGAUGAAGAAAAUCUCAAAGAGGAGUGCAGUAGUACAGAGAGCACCCAGCAGGAGAAUGAAGAUGCUCCUGGCACGAAGCUCCAAGGAGAGGUGCUGGCCGUGGAAGAGGAGCGGGCUCAGGUUCUGGGGCGUGUAGAACAGCUGAAGGUCCGAGUGAAGGAGCUGGAACAGCAGCUGCAGGAGGCAGCCCGAGAGGCUGAAAUGGAGAGGGCACUGCUGCAGGGUGAGAGGGAGGCGGAGCGAGCAUUGCUGCAGAAAGAACAAAGGGCAGUGGACCAGCUGCAGGAGAAGUUGGUGGCCUUGGAGACAGGCAUCCAGAAGGAGAGGGACAAGGAGAGGGCGGAGCUGGCCGCGGGACGGAGGCACCUGGAGGCCCGCCAGGCGCUCUACGCCGAGCUCCAGACGCAGCUCGAUAACUGCCCCGAGUCAGUGCGGGAACAGUUACAGGAGCAGCUGAGAAGGGAGGCAGAUGCUCUAGAGACUGAGACAAAGCUCUUUGAGGACCUGGAGUUCCAGCAGCUGGAGCGAGAGAGUCGAGUGGAGGAGGAGAGGGAGCUGGCCGGCCAGGGACUGCUGCGGAGCAAGGCUGAGCUGCUGCGCAGCGUGACCAAGAGGAAGGAGCGCCUAGCUGUACUGGACAGUCAGGCUGGGCAGAUCCGGGCCCAAGCAGUACAGGAGUCAGAGCGUCUGGCCCGCGACAAAAAUGCCGCCCUGCAGCUACUGCAAAAGGAGAAGGAGAAGCUGACUGUGCUGGAGAGGAGGUAUCAUUCACUCACAGGCGGAAGGCCUUUUCCGAAGACCACCUCCACCCUCAAAGAGGCUCAGCUCCUCAUCUCCGAGUCCUCAGAGAUGGGGCUGGAGACCACGGCUCUGGGCCUGUCCCCAAGGUCUUCUCAGGCCGGGCCCUCCUCUGUUUCCUUAACCCCUCCUGCUUCCACUCAGCUCUGUCCCAAAGCACAAGAGUACGUGACACUUGAGCAGCUAAAAGCGAUGUGGGGCGCCUCGCCCAUGCCCCCCACCCCUUCGCCAGGCCCGCCUUCCUGGGCUUCUGCCACCCAGGAUCUGGUUCCCAUCACCCGCCUUCCUCCCAUGCCGCCCUCCUCUUCCUUCACUUCCAUCAUGCCUUCAUCUAAGAUGGAGAAGCUGCUGCUCCCUGCUGUAGACUUAGAGCAGUGGUACCAAGAGCUGAUGGCCGGGCUGGGGACUGGCCUUGCUGCAGCCUCCCCUCGCUCCUCUCCCCCACCUCUGCCUGUCAAAGCUUCUCGUCAGCUGCAGGUUUACCGUUCUAAGAUGGAUGGUGAGGCGGCCAGUCCCCUACCCCGGACCCGUAGCGGCCCUCUCCCCUCCUCCUCAGGCUCCUCAUCCUCCUCUUCCCAGCUCAGCGUGGCUACCCUGGGCCGUAGUCCAUCCCCAAAGAGUGCUCUGCUCGCCCAGAAUGGCACCAGUAGCCUUCCUCGCAAUCUGGCAGCCACGCUACAGGACAUUGAGACCAAGCGCCAGCUGGCCCUGCAGCAGAAGGGGCACCAAGUGAUCGAGGAACAGCGGCGGCGGCUGGCUGAGCUAAAGCAGAAAGCUGCAGCGGAGGCUCAGUGCCAGUGGGAUGCCUUGCAUGGUGCAGCGCCCUUUUCAGCAGGCCCCUCUGGCUUCCCUGCACUCAUGCACCAUUCCAUCCUGCACCACCUGCCAGCCGGCAGGGAGCGUGGGGAGGAGGGCGAACAUGCUUACGACACCCUCAGCCUGGAGAGCUCCGACAGCAUGGAGACCAGCAUCUCAACAGGGGGCAACUCGGCCUGCUCUCCCGACAACAUGUCCAGUGCCAGUGGCCUGGACAUGGGCAAGAUUGAGGAAAUGGAGAAGAUGCUAAAGGAAGCUCACGCAGAGAAGAGCCGGCUCAUGGAGUCCAGGGUGAGGCUGACUGGAGCCAGGAGGCAGCAGGUGGAGCGGGAGAUGGAGCUCCGGAGGCAGGCCCUGGAGGAGGAACGGCGCAGGCGGGAGCAAGUGGAGAGGCGGCUGCAGAGUGAGAGUGCCCGGAGGCAGCAGCUAGUGGAGAAGGAAGUCAAGCUUCGCGAGAAACAGUUCUCCCAGGCGCGACCUCUGACCCGCUAUCUGCCCAACCGGAAGGAGGACUUUGACUUGAAGACCCACAUAGAGUCAUCAGGCCACGGGGUGGACACCUGCCUGCAUGUGGUGCUUAGCAGCAAGGUCUGCCGUGGGUACUUGAUCAAGAUGGGCGGCAAGAUUAAAUCGUGGAAGAAGCGCUGGUUUGUCUUUGAUCGGCUGAAGCGCACCCUUUCCUAUUAUGUGGACAAACACGAGACGAAGCUGAAAGGGGUCAUCUACUUCCAGGCCAUCGAGGAAGUGUACUAUGACCACCUGCGCAGCGCAGCCAAGAGUCCGAAUCCGGCCCUCACCUUCUGCGUGAAGACCCAUGACCGGCUGUACUACAUGGUGGCCCCAUCUGCAGAGGCCAUGCGCAUCUGGAUGGAUGUCAUUGUCACGGGAGCUGAGGGCUACACUCAGUUCAUGAACUAACUGCCGUGCCCCUCCUGGGUCCCCAGGUCAGCCCCAGGACCCCGUUGCCCUGCCACUGGGCGCUCUGCUUAUCCUUGGAGACAGUGGCACACGGGGCACUGGGCCACAAAGAGUCAGGCUGUAGUAGAAUACCCCGGGGUUUUCGUGCAAGAAGACAAAUUGUUCUGUAAGGAGUUUGGUGCUUGAGAAUGGGGCCCCGGCCCCUGCAGAGCCAGCAGAGAGGUAAGGAAAAGGGAGAGAUGCCUGUUGCUUCCUGGAAGCCCAGAAGUGCAGGGUUCCCUCCUGGGUGUGGCAGGCUAAAGAGGUGUUGCAGAGAGCUGGCCUCUCAGCCCUGCCCUGGCAUCUGCUCACCCCAGUUUUUUCUCUUUAUAAAAGACAAAUUAUGGUACCAGAAUCUGCCAAAGAUCCCCUUUUCAUCUCACCCUUCUUCAGGGGCCUGGGGGUUACUGAGCAGAGCCAUGUGUGGAGCUGGGGAGCAGCUCAGGCCUGCACUUCCCCUUCCUGUUGUUUCCCCAUCCUCCCGCCUCCAUACUUUCCACUACUUUGCUCAAGGACCAGAGACCUCAAGUGUCAUCCUUGAGGUCCAGCCCCCACCAUCGUGCUGCAAAUCCAUCAUCGUAGUUACUAUGGUGACUGCUUCAUCACCAUGGUUACACACUAAUUGCCAUGGCCACUCUGUGGCUCUGCCCACAGCUUCACUGUGGGC